CAGGGAUUGCUUGUUGAAUGGUUUUAGGUGAUGAACUUGCAGCCCCAACUAAUAUUUGGUGCAAGAAAGCUACACACUUCCAAACUGUGAUUCUUUGUUCCUUUUCCUUAAAGCUAUGAUCUCUGAAAGCAAAGCUUCAGCAGGUGACAGUUUAUAAAACCUGACAUUUGAGUCAUUUGUUUCUUAGCCGGUUACACUGAGUUUGCAUAACAGGAUCAAUGGAAAGAUCAAAGAAGAAAGUGCAGCUCUGGAAGAACGCCGCAGUCCAUUUUCUGCUAUGUUUUGUGAUGGGUUUUUUCACAGGCUUUGCUCCACCAACUCGGAGGGCGUCUCUGUUUUCAGGCAGUCAUUCCCUGCCGAAAACAAAUUCAAAUCGCUCAGAAAACCCCAUUGAAAUCUCACAUGGAACACAAAGUGUCAACUUCAACAAGACUUGGUUGGAUAGAAGAAGCUUUUCUGCUGCAAAACCCAAACCCACAAUGAAGCUACAGGAGGAGACUCCUCCCCGGAGGCUCGUGAUAAUAGUGACUCCAACAGCCACUGAAGACAAGAUCCGGCGAUCAGUACUGUUGAGGAGGCUUGCAACCACCCUGAGACUGGCGGCUCAGCCCCUCGUGUGGGUGGUUGUGGAGCAGCAGUCACAGGACUCAGAGGUUUCUGAGUUAUUAUGGGAGACAGGAAUCAUGUGCAGGCAUCUAGUGGUGAAGGAGAAGAACUUCACCGACAUGCGCGAAGAGCUUGAUCAUCAGAGGAAUGUGGCUCUGGCUCACAUUGAGCACCACAGGCUGAGUGGGACCGUUCACUUCGCAGGACUUUUCGGCGUUUAUGAUCUCGACUUCUUUCAUCACCUCAGAUUAAUAGAGGGUUUUGGGGCAUGGCCUAUUGCAUUAUUGGGAGCAAACAAGAAAGAAGUGAAGAUAGAGGGGCCAGUGUGUGAUUGUUCAAGAGUAAUAGGAUGGCAUUUGAAGAACAACCAAACAUAUGAUGAUGAUGAAUCAAAGCCUCCUCCUCUUCCUCCAAUUAGGGUUUCCAACUUUGCCUUUAACAGUUCAAUUCUUUGGGACCCUGAGAGAUGGGGCCGUGCGUCUUCAUUUCAAAACUCAUUGAAUUUCAUAAAGAAAGAGGUGAUUGAAGAUGGAGGGGCCAAUUUGAUGGAGAUUCCACAAGAAGACUGCUCGAGAGUCCUUUUGUGGAAUCUUCGAUUUUCAAAAUGAACAUAUAAUGUUUCUUGUGUUUUGAUUACUUGGCCAAAUGAACAUAACCUUCUCUUCACACUGCUGGCAGUGAAGUUAAGUUUCGCUCUGUAUACGUACUGUACAAUCGGUUGUAUGGUCUUUUCCUUGCAUUCAUGACGAGUUCUCAUUUACGAGUGACUCAUUUUUUUAGAAUUCAAUUAUGCUCGAAAAUGAGUAUUUAAUUACUCAAAAAUGAGGAUUCUGUUGUUCGAAAUUGAGUAUUCAGUUAUUCGAAUAUAAAUAUUUAGGUGGAUGUACGAAAAACGCUACAUUUGGAUGUAUGGUGUAGGUACUCAUGAAGUUUAGUUCCCAGUAUCGAAGGAGCCAUAGUUGUUGCCGAUUUUAGAUGACAUGGUUCGGAUCCGAUUCCUGCUUCCCUCCGUUGUAGCUUUCAUGAAGUUUUCUUGAUCAACAACAUAACCCGCUUCCUGAUAUCGGGCUAACAACAAGUCUCGAUUACAAACAAGUAUCUCGAGUGAUUCGACACUUAGUUGGAUAAGAGGUCUUAAUCAUUCAGACUCUGUAUAAUACUUAACCAUUCAGAGGCAAAUCUCUUAACCAUUCAGACAUCUGAACCAUUAAGAGGCUGAAACAAACAGUCUGAACCAUUAAGUGCUGAACCAUUCAGACAUCUGAACCAUUAAGAGGCUGAAACAAACAGCCCCUUAGUCCUCUUAAUGGUUCAGAUGUCUGAAUGGUUCAGCACUUAAUGGUUCAGACUGUUUGUUUCAGCCUCUUAAUGGUUCAGAUGUCUGAAUGGUUAAGAGAUUUGCCUCUGAAUGGUUAAGUAUUAUACAGAGUCUGAAUGAUUAAGACCUCUUAUCUGAAUUGAUCAGACAUUUGCCUCUAAAUAGUUAAGCAAUAUACUAGCUCUUAAUGG